AUAACUUCACAGUUUCAGAGGCUACCUGUGUGCACAACUUGUCAAUUCUAAAAACAAAUUCUUAUUUGUUUUUGUUUUAUAUCUCCUGACCUAGACAUCAUUAGUUGACUGAUAUCUUUCAGGCAUCAAGAAACCAGCCAAUUAAUGAAGGCUAGGUCAGGAUCAACUUUCCAAUGUACGUUGAACACUGUAUGAUUCUGAUGGUAAGUAGGAUGAAAUUUCUGGCCAAUGCCCCAUUAGAUGAUUUGUUAUGAGUUGUUGCUGAUGUCAUGUUUUAGCAAGAUGCAAACAGGCUCAGAAAUACUAGGGGUAUUUAUGAGAUUUCUGCCUUGGCUAUUCUUAUAAAAAUAUUUUUUUUAAUGCACUGUCAAGGAACUCAGGCAGCUGUACAAGAAUAAUAAGAACACAAAAUAUGUUAACACAUAAAAUGCAAUAAAACUUAAUAAAACCAUCUUCCUAUAACAGAGAGAGAGAUGGGACACACUGCAAAUGGAAAAAAGAAAUGAUAGAACCAAUGAUGUUCCCAUUGGGCCAAAAUAAAUCCUACCCAUUUGAAAACACCUGCCUCUGGGUUUUUGAAAGCAGAACUGAUUUACUGACAAGACAGAUUUAGGGAAAGGACAUUCUCGCUGUACUGACUUUAGGCAAAGGGGAUGAAAAUAGUAGGAAACUGCAAAAAAGACCUAUGGUAGCACAUCUCAGAGCCCAGGUUGAUUGACUUGGACUUGCACUACAGGACUAAAAACAGCAAUGUAGACAUUCAGGCUCAGGCUGAAGCCCAGGCUCUGAAAUCCAGAGAGGGGGGAGGUUUUUGGAGCUGCUAUUUUUAUCCCCCCAAACUCAGAGAACCCAGGCUCUGAGACUUGCCACUGCACGUUUUGGGGUUGUGUGUGUUGGGGGGGAUGGGGUUGUAUGUUGUUUGUUUGUUUGGCUUUUUUUUAGUGUAGAUGUACCCAGAAAGGCAAGAUGAGCCAAAGCAGCAGACUCUUUCCCACAAUACAGACACCUCUCCUGUGUGCCCCGUGACCUACAUCCUUGGCUGCAGCGGAAGAAUGCACAGUGCAGCUCAGGAUAGCUAUUCCAGGAGAGCUGUAGGUUGAUCUUGUUCCCGUGGUGUAACUUGGAGCAGCCUAAAUCAUGCUCUAAAUUAUAAUGGUUGCCAAUGGCCCCAGGAACUGUGUGAGGGGGAGUACAAACACCACACUGGACCCAAAGGGUUUAAAAGGCAAUACUGGACCCAGCUAGCCCCGCCCCUCCAGACCUGCUGAUAGGGUGACCAGAUGUCCCGAUUUUAUAGGGACAGUCCUGAUAUUUGGGGCUUUUUCUUAUAUAGGCUCCUAUUACCCCCCACCUCUGUCCCGAUUUUUCACACUUGCUGUCUGGUCACCCUACCUGCUGAGCAUGCACGGACUGAAGGAAUGGGUUAAAAAGAGCUCAGAAACCCAGGCAAAGGGUGGUAAACAAGCUGCAGGAGAAAUGAACUCUUUUCCAGGAAGUCAGACAGAAGAAUGAGCCAGAAAAGAGACCACAGAGCUGGUAAGGCCCUCAGGCAGAGCCUUCUCCAACCACCACCCCGUUUGAGAACCUGCAGGGCCUUGCUCCUUUGGACUCUUGUGUUGUAAAGUGAUUGACUGUUUGGGUGUGGUAUAGGGCCUGCAACACUGCGCCUACACCCAAGGUGAUCUUGCCAUUGCCAGCUAUGCUGGCUGCAGGGAUACUGUGUAUUGCCAGUGCAGUAUAAAGCAGCUACAGGGUAUAUAAGAAACUGGACCUGUGAUGCAUUUAGGGCUCCAUAGGGUGAGAGCAAUUCCGGGUGAGUCGUAGCCUCUCCAUUAUUACAAUAAUCAUUCUUAUUAUUUGCAUUAUAAUAGCACCUAGGGACCCCUACUGAUAUUGGGGCCCUGUUGUGCCUGGCACUUCACAAACAUAUUAUUAUAUUUACUACUGAUUUUUUGUCUUGCUAUAGCACCUAGGAGCUCUAGUCAUGGACCAGGACCCCACUGUGCUAGAUACAAACACAGCACAGGAAGACGGUCCCUGCCGCAACCAGCUUACAAUCUCAGAAUAAGACAAGAGACAACAGAUGGACACAAGGGAGUGAAAGGAAACAAUGAGACAAUGUUGAUCACCAUACUAGGCAGUGGUCUCAGCACACCAGCAGCCUAACCAUUGUCAUGUUUUUGUAGGAGAGUUUUGAGGAGGGGUCUGAAGGUGGAUAAUGAGGUAGCUUUGCAGAUGUUUACAGGGAGCUCCUCCCAAGCAUGACAGAACAAGAGACAGUCCCUGCUCCAAAGAGCUUUCUAUAUGGCAUCAUUCCCUAAUAUACCUGGAGAAAAACACCUGUGGGAACUAAUGCUUAACCUGACACCAUUCAUUCCUCUGGGCUCCAUCUCUGUGCUGCCAACUCCGUAAGAGCACGGGAUGGGUGUUCCUUCCAUUUCUAUUAUGCUUCAUGAACUAAUCAAAUUACUACACCAUGCAAAAUGCCGUGAUGUUACUAUUAUACGCAUCGGUACUUCUGGGGGCUUAGGCAUUGACCCUGGAACUGUUGUAAUCACAGAUAUCGCAGUGGAUUCAUUUUUUAAGGCUCGGUUUGAGCAGGUGAUACUGGAUAAUAUAGUUGUACGAAGCACUGAACUUGAUAAGGACCUUGUUGAGGAGCUACUGAACUGCAGCAAAGAGAUUCAUUACUUUCCAACACUUAUUGGGCAUACUAUGUGCACUUAUGAUUUUUAUGAAGGUCAAGGACGAUUAGAUGGAGCAUUGUGUUCUUUUUCCCAUGAAAAGAAGUUGGAGUACUUAAAGAGAGCUUAUGAUGCUGGUGUAAGAAAUAUUGAAAUGGAGUCAACUGUAUUUGCUGCUAUAUGUGGACUGUGUGGUCUAAAAGCUGCUGUUGUCUGUGUGGCACUCCUUAACCGACUCGAAGGUGACCAGAUUAAGGCACCCCAUGAAGUUCUAGUAGAAUAUCAGCAACGGCCUCAGCAUCUGAUCUCAAUUUUUAUCAAAAAGCGUCUUGGGUUAUAUAACCAAAUGGAAUUACUAGACAAUGCAUUUUUCCUGAAUAACUAAGGGGAAAAUAUACCCUGCCAAUACACAAAAUGAAUGUCUUAUGUAUUUAUCUCUGUAUAUUGAUACGUAUAGGCAGACAUAAAUAUAAUGUUGCUGUGUAGUGAAUUCAAAUAUAAAUGAAACUGUUUAUAAGGAAACAGAAUGAUAGUUCCAAAUGGUUUCAAUGCAUAGUUAGUGAAAACUCUAAAGCCAGUUAUAAUGUAGUCGUUUUGUCCUAUAAGGGGAUUUUACGGCAUACACAUUCACAUAAAAUUAACACCUAUCUAUAAAACACUUUCCACAUCAGAUCCCUCUACAGGCAUAAAAAGGUGUGGAGUGUAAUCACAAGUAGCCCUAGUGGGACUCAGUGAACCUGAUUUAUAAUAGAGCCUGUGGGUGUUCAGCACCUCUGAACAUCUGGCCCUGUAGUGUUCCAGGAUCCAGACCUAUCUAGGACUUGGUUUUGUUUAAUUUUACAUAUUUAUAUAUCUGAGAAAAGGUCUGAAAUGGAAAGUAUGUAAGUAUUACUAUAACAUAAAAGGGUAGGCCACAGAAAUCCUUCUUAUAGCAAAAAUAAAAUUAUCAUCAUGGUGGAACUGCUCACUAAGUGGGUGUAGGUUUGGGCCCCAAGGUGAUUGUUUAGAAAGCCAAAACUAGGCAAAUCAGCAUUUGUGGCAUUAUUGUUCUUCAUUGAGUUUCAGCAAACACAGGUGAUAGGCAGCUUAUAAAGAGAGAAUAAAUAUUAUUGAUACAAAUUUUAUUUUAAGGUAAAUUACUAACGAGUCCUGUAUCCUUCAUAUGUGUUUGUUAAUCAGCACAUAGAAAUACAAAUCAUGAUCUCUAACUUUGAAAUGGCUAAAAGGUUCUUUGUUGUUUGGAUUUUUUACUUAACUUAUGGCCUGAUCCAGAGUCCACUUCUUUCACUUUCCCAUGACUUCAAUGGGCUCUGGCUCAGGCCCAGGCCCUAUUUUUAUGACCCAUUCAAAGUGUUGUUUGCAAUGAGAAUCUUACAAUCUUGUAACAGUAAUUUAUAGAAGUUUAACUGUUAUUUUAAAUAUUAUAAACUUAAUAUAUCACAUUAAAUAGAGUACAGGCCUGUAAAAUGAACACGUUUUUAUAAUUUUAAACAGAAAAUAGAAUCAGAAGAAACUAUUACAAAAAGGUAUUUUUCAUGGGCUAGCCUAGACCCACAAUUGUAUGACCAAUAUUCAUGAAGUCUUCAUCAAACAUAGGAGAAUCCCUAUUUUAUCAGCUAUUCAGGGAUCGAGUUAAUUAAAUAAAAAAAUUCAUAAAACUGAACAUCUCAAAAUUACAGCAGGUAUAGUGCAUAACUUGCAGCAUGGUGCACUGCAUUGAUUACUUCUUGCCCUUCAAACCCCUGCAAAGCAAUUCCCAAUGCACUGAAGAUAUCAGAAUGUGAAAAGAUGUCAACCUAUUCUUCACUGACAUCACUUUAGUCAUAUGACUUCCCCCGUACCCCCAUCAAGAAAAGUGUCCUAAGAUUGAUGUUCAUAAAAUUGAGGUCGUACCGUAUCUUUAUUUUUUAUUUUAUUUUAUUUUUUUACUACAACAACUUUAAGUCCAGGAAAUAAUACUUUUAAAAAUCUGUUUAAGGAAUGUAAGGUCUGAUGCUUCUCUCACCUAUGCUAUUUUACAUUUGGUUCACUGUAAUUACUCCUGUUUCUCACUGGCGUGAGAGGGAUAUCAGGUCUGUAGUGCUCACUACUCAGGCAUUUGAACUGAAGUCUUUUAUUUAAUUAUAGAACAGGUCCGGCUCAGGCUUUCUUACCUUGCCCCAUUAGUAUCCCUCAGCCUGAGCUGGAGGUCUCACCUCUAGGUGUUCUGGAUAGUACACGUUUCACGUCAAAUCAAUCCCUAAAUCUUAAAACCCCUAAACACCAAUGUCCCCAAGGGAUCUGUUCUGGGCCCAGUGCUGUUCAACAGAUUCAUAAAUGAUCUGGAAAAAGGGAUAAACAGUGAGGUGGGAAAAUUUGCAGAUGAUACAAAAUUACUCAAGAUAGUAAAGUCCAAAGUAGACUCGGUGACUUCAAAAAUGCAGACUUUAACAAACUUUAAGAACUGGUAGGCAAGGUCCUUUGGGAAGAAACUCUAUGGGAAAAAGGAGUUUAGGAGAGCUGGCAGUUUCUCACGGAGACAAUAUUAAAGGCACAACUGCAAACCAUCCUGAUGUGAGAGAAAGAUAGGAAGAAUUGUAAGCGGCCAAUAUGGCUCCACCAGGAGCUCUUUAAAGGAAUCCUACAAAAAGUGGAAACAUGGACAAAUUGCUAAGGAGAAGUAGAAAAGAAUAGCACAAGCAUGUAGGAGCAAAAUCAGAAAGAUUAUGGCACAAAAUGAGUUAGAGUUAGCAAGGGACAUAAAAGGCAAUAAGAAAAGGUUCUGAAAACACAUUAGGCGCAAGAGAAAGAUGAAGGAGAGUGUAGGUCCUCUAUUUAGUGGGGAAGGAGAGGUAAUAACUGAUGACAUCAAGAAAGCUGAAGUGUUUAAUGCCUAUUUUGCUUCAGUCUUCACUAAAAAAGUUAAUGAUAACCAGAUACUCAACACAAUUAAUAUUAACCUCACAGGGGAAGGAAUGCAAGCCAAAAUAGGGAAAGAACAGGUUAAAGAAUAUUUAGAUAAGUUAGAUAUAUUCAAGUUAGCAGGGGUUGAUGAAAUUCAUCCUAGGGUAACUUAAGGAACCAACUGAAGCAAUCUUAGCAAUUAUUAUGACCAUUAGCUAUUAACUCUGAGAACUCCUGGAGGACAGGGUGAGACGUUAUAUGAUUAAAACAUGACCAGGUAGAUCAUUGUUGCUGCCACUGUUAUAUAAUUACAACAGAUCUUGUACAAAGUAUGUCAAGUAAGGUAUCUAUUAAAAAUUUAUGAUUUGCUCAAUGUGA